GCCAGCACUGAUUUACAGCAACAAACAAAAUAAACAUCUUUAAUUUGCGGAAAAGUUAGUCAAGUCCCGAGAUGGCGCUUCUGUGUCGAACUUGUGGGGAGCUCGCAAUAAAUCCAAGGAGACUUUUUGAUAAGAGAGGAGCCGACGUAUUAAACGACAUCCUUAAAUUGACGGGCAUCUGGCUUACUAAUAGAGAAGGAUUCCCCUCACAUAUAUGCUCCAUCUGCCUGCAACACUCAAAUGAAGCCAUGGCAUUUAGGGAGCUUUGUAUAAGAACUAACCACUCUUGGUACGAAACACUCGAUGCGUCCGACUCCAAGACGGCUGACGACGCUGUGCACCUGGAUCCACUAAUUGGAAACGACGAAGCGGCGACACCUGAAGAGAACAAGGAAUAUGUCACAGUGGAAAUUGAAACUCUGUGUGAGGAAAGAACGUCUGUAAGUCCUUUAAGCCUCCAUGCAGAACCAGAUUCAUUAACUGCUUACAAGAUAGCAUCGUUGCGUCGUGAAAGGAAUCCAUCAAAUAUGCGCCAAAAAGCUACAAAAGAACAAUCUGAAAAAAUAGCUAAUGAUGGAGAGUGUCAUGAUGAGCUCUUGGACUUUGGGCCCCUGACAAAUGAAGAUGUUCAGCUUGUCCUUGAGGAGGAGAAUCAUGAGGAAGAAAACGUUAUAAAAAGGACUUUGAAAGGGUUCAAGUCACGAUUAGAUUCGUGCUCUGUUCCCAAGAAGAGAGUAUUCCGAGGUUCCAGGAAAUUAAGUGUUGACCCAGUUAUAAAACGUGAAGGGGAUCUUGCAAAGAAGAAGCGGUAUAGAAGAGCCAUUCGUGGUUUUUACUGCGACCAAUGCGGCAAAUGGUUCCAGGAUAAAAGCAAUCUUAAUGUACAUUUGACGCGGCACACGGGCGUCAAGCAGUUUGAAUGCGAGGAGUGUGGGCGCAAGGAGUUUACUAUGCAUCUUUUGAGCCUUCAUAUACGAGUAAAACAUAAAGGGGAACUGCCAUACUCUUGCAAGUACUGUGGACAGCGAUUUGACAACUGCAUAAAACGUUUAAGACAUGAAAGGCAGCACAAGGAGUGCCCCGAUAUUCGACCUCACGUGUGUCCUGUUUGCGGAAAAGCCUUCCAACUUAAGAGAGCCUUAAGGAUGCAUGAGAUUGUGCACACGGGUGAACAACCAUUCCACUGCGAGGUCUGCGACGUACACUUUAACCGCAAAUCCAGCUUACAAACCCACAACCGUUCAAAGCUGCACAUUAAAAAAGUUGGUCAAGGUCAGACCAAAACACAGCUAGAUGUAUUUAUGGACGAGGAUACCUAACGCAACAAGUAGUAAACCAAUUAAAGUUGAUGUAAUUUUAAAAGUUACUACAUUACCGCUUAAAUAAACAAAAGUACCGUUUAGAUAGACAUGGUAUC